GAAAUAACCUAUCAAAUGAUUCCCAUAUCCCUUUUCGUCGAUUCGUCGACUGCAUAGUUGUUUCAACUGAAGAUCUAUGCGGAACUCGCUCAACCUAGCGAGGUGCGAGUAACAGCAUUUAGAUUUAGUGGCGGACUCAGAGACCAGCAGUGCUGAUUCUUUACUCACGCACAAGUUGUAAUGGUCAGGAGUUUGCAUACUGCAACACCCACAACUUCCUUUCAUGGGAAGAUGAUGCAGAUUUCAGUAACAGCGCAGAUUCUUAACGUUUUACGCAUAUUACAGUUCAAAUCUACCAAACACUCCCUACAUACAAAUCAGAAACUACCAAUCAAUCAAAAUUUUCGCCAUACUUGCUCUGUACUCUAAAGAGUCCAAAAAUGGUAGUUUUCGAAGAGAACUUCUCUCGUUCAAUUUUGUGUUCUACUCCGACUACAAAUCCUCUACCAAAGAGCUUCAAAGACUCAGAAAUCAUCAAAAUUUCGAUCCAUCCAAACACUCCCGCCCCUCAUUCUGAAUCUGCCCUCAACGCCUGUUCCUCUUCAGGCUCUUGUUCAUCAGAAACCUCUCAUGAGGACUGCCCAGCAAUUGAAAUCCAUGUCCAUUUCCGCGACGAUCCGUGCUACGCUUGUACAUCAUCUUCAAACAAUCUAUCCUCUCCAAUACUUCAUAGCCCACCCUCAUUUGAUAAAAAUUUGCAUUCAGGGACUAGUCCUCUAUUUUGUCAGAAUAAUCAGAAACAUCCUUUACCAUGUUGUCCGCCUCAAACAUCCGCGGUUGUGAUCGGGGAGGAGGAGAAUGGGAAAAUUAGGUUGUUAUCGAACCGUUCGACGAGGGUCGACUUCUUAGAUUGGGACGCAAACGGGGCCCUCGAAUGGAAGGAGGCAGAGGAGAAUUUUGAUCACUCCAAUAUAUCACAAUGCAUAGAAAUGAAGGAAAUGAAUGAAAUCUCAGAAGAUUCUUUGCAAGACCAUCAUAAUUAUCAGUAUUUUAAUUCAAAUCUCUACCGAGCCUCCUCACCGAAUUCCAGCCCCAAAAUCAAAAUCUACUUGGAUGACUGUGGGAGAAAUUUUGGUGGGAGUAUCACAGAGAAGGAAAUCACGCAGGCUAUAUUAUUUAGCGCUUGCACAAAUCAGCUAACGUUGACACGAGAAGAGGCGACCGAGUGCGCGCGACUAAUCAUCGACGAGCUCGAUGCCGACCAAGUAGCCGUUGAGCUACAUAGCUCAAAAGACAAAGUGGUAAACACUUCCACACAAACACUACCUCUACACCGGUUUCCGCCGAUGCCGACGACCGAUCGCAACCGUCUGAUCAUACUGUCUGACCGUCAUGUUCCUCCGGGCCCACUGGCGACGAAUAUGGACGGUUUUGCUCUGGCUGGCGGCGUGUGCGGCCCUCUUUAGCUGGAAGUUCGUGCAGUACCGCCAACGGUUGGUCGAAGUCAUUGGGUAUUGUCUCUGCACCGCCAAGGGCGCCGCCGAGACUCUCAAGCUCAACAUGGCCCUCGUGCUCCUCCCCGUGUGCCGUAACACGGUGACGUGGCUCCGCAGGAGCCGUCGGAUCAAUUCCAUCCUUCCUUUCAAUGACACCAUCAACUUCCACAAGCUGAUCGCGGCAGGGAUCAUGAUCGGCGUGAUCCUCCACGGCGGCGUCCACCUCACCUGCGACUUCCCGCGGAUCCCUGCCUGCGCCGACCGGUCGGUCUUCGGGCGUACAAUUGCCGAAGAUUUUCAAUACCGCCGGCCGUCCUACGCAGACAUCCUCGCGACGACGGAGGGCGUGACGGGGAUUCUGAUGGUGGUGCUGAUGGCUGCAGCGUUCCUGCUGGCGACCUGGCCUUCGAGGAGGAACUCCGCCUCGCUGCCGCGGCACAUCAGACGGUUUGCGGGGUUCAACGCAUUCUGGUACUCGCACCACCUCUUCAUCGCCAUCUACACGCUGCUCAUUGUCCACUCCAUGUUCCUCUUUCUAACCUACGACUUUACGGAGAAAACGACAUGGAUGUACGUAUCAAUUCCUGUUGUAAUCUACACCGCGGAGCGUGUGUUUAGGAAAAUAAGGUCAGAGAUCUACGACGCCAAAGUCCUCGAGGCAAAAGUUUAUCCGGGGAAGAUUCUUUCUCUGAAGAUGAAAAAGCCUGCAGGGUUUCGAUACCGCAGCGGAAUGUUUAUGUUCCUACGAUGCCCGCAGAUUUCUAAGUUUGAGUGGCAUCCAUUUUCACUUACUUCCGCGCCAGACGAUGAACACCUGAGCAUGCAUAUCAGAUCACUUGGAGACUGGAGCUAUCAAAUGUACAGCAUAUUCCAAAAGGCACUAGUCUCUGGCACCUCUGAUUUGCCCAAAAUAUGCAUUGAUGGGCCCUAUGGUGCAGCAUCUCAGGACCAUUCCAAGUAUGAAAUCCUCUUGCUCAUUGGCCUUGGAAUCGGCGCGACGCCAUUCAUUAGCAUCCUCAAGGACAUUGCUAAUGGUCUCAAAAAGGUAGAUAGUGGCGAGGCUCGCGACACGGAGAUCCCGCGAAAAGCCUACUUCUACUGGGUCACAAGAGAGCAAGGAUCCUUUGAGUGGUUUAGGGACAUUAUGAAGGAUGUUUCUGCUCUAGAUGAGAAGCAUGGAGUGAUAGAGAUGUACAAUUAUUUGACUAGUGUGCAUCAAGAAGGGGACAAGAGAUCCGCAUUGAUAAGCGCAAUCCAAGCCCUUCAUUUCACGAGGAAUGGCGUCGAUAUCAUCUCGAGGACACCGGUGCGUACCAGAUUUGCUAGGCCAAAUUGGUCCAGGGUUUUUUCUGGUUUGGCUUGUCGGCAUGUCGGAGAGAGGAUUGUAUGGAGAGAAUUUGUAUGGGGAGCAAUUGCUGGGGCAUUCGGCGAAGGCAUGAUGCAUCCAAUCGACACUCUGAAAACACGAAUUCAGAGCCAGGCGGUGAUUACUGGAACUCAGACCCAGAAGAACAUACUGCAGAUGGUCAGGACUGUCUGGGUUGCUGAUGGUUUGAAAGGGUUUUACCGGGGGAUUACUCCAGGAGUAACUGGUUCACUUGCUACUGGAGCAACAUACUUUGGUAUUAUUGAAUCUACCAAAAAAUGGUUGGAGGAAGUUAAUCCUAAUCUAAGUGGUCAUUGGUCUCACUUCAUAGCGGGGGCAGUUGGUGACACACUUGGCUCUUUUGUCUAUGUGCCAUGCGAAGUCAUGAAGCAACGUAUGCAAGUGCAAGGCACCAGGAAUUCUUGGAUUUCAGCCAUGACAAAAGGAAAUAUCUCCCAGAAGCCCGGGGCCCAGAUGUAUGGAUACUAUACUGGAAUGGUCCAAGCAGGCUAUUCAAUUUUCAAGGAACACGGUCUCAGAGGAUUAUAUGCUGGGUAUUGGUCUACACUUGCCAGGGACGUGCCUUUUGCUGGGCUGAUGGUUACUUUUUAUGAAGCAUUGAAAGAUUUGACAGAGUUUGGCAAGCAAAAAUAUCUACCGAAUAGUGAUUUGCAUGUUAGUAGUACCUUUGAAGGCCUGCUUUUAGGAGGAUUAGCUGGUGGUUUUAGUGCAUAUCUUACAACGCCCUUGGAUGUGAUCAAGACAAGAUUGCAAGUACAAGGAUCCACUAUUAGGUACAAGGGAUUCCUCGAUGCUUUAAGAAGGAUUUGGGUUGCUGAGGGCUUGAAUGGUUUGUUCAAAGGAAGUGUCCCGAGAAUAAUAUGGUAUGUUCCAGCUUCUGCCCUCACUUUUAUGGCUGUGGAGUUCCUAAGGGAUCACUUCAAUGAGAAGUUGGAUGAAGUUCAGGACGUGACUAGUUUGUCAAUCGACCCAAGCCCUAAAAUUCAAGAAACAACUUAAACCUUUUUCUAUACCUGAAUUUUUCUGCUUGUACAUAUAGAUCAAAUUUUUUUGCCCCCUACAGUGGGGUAGCUGUAGCAAAUUUGGAUGUCAGGAUACUUCUCACUUCGGCAUUGCCUAGCGUAAUGUACGGUGAAACCAUUGGUUGAAGCUUCUCCUCUUCUUGCCAAUUACGCCCUGAAUGCUGUAAAUGGGGAAUUUUUUAUGCUUCUUCUUAGAAGCAUUUCGUAACAUUUUAAAGAUAGUUGAAAUGGAAAAGUAAUGUCUCAAAUAUGGCGUCAAAAACCUAUUGCUGUAUAUCUUCUACCCCUACCAAUAUAGUGCAAUCUUGCUUUUAAA